CACCUCCCAAGAUCUUUGGGGAUCCAUCAGCCCAUCACUAAACUCCAUUAACAAUGGCCACCUCCGGGAAACAAAAAACACUAACCGGCGCCGGCGACCUGAUCAGAAUCCUGCCGACCGGCACCGUCUUCCUUUUCCAAUUCCUCAGCCCAAUCCUCACCAACAGCGGCGACUGCAACUCCUUCAACAGAUCUCUCUCCCUCAUCUUCAUCCUCCUCUGCGGCCUCUCCUGCUUCCUCUCCUCCUUCACCGAUUCCUACAUCGGCCACGAUGGCACCAUCCAUUUGGCCUUCGCCACCCCCACCGGACUUUGGCCGGCGCCGGCGCCGGCGUCGGUGGACUUAUCGGCCUAUAAACUCCAGGUGGGGGACUUCGUCCACGCCACGCUGUCGGCCGCCGUGUUUGCGGUCCUAGUAGUGCUCGACUCUGACACGGUGCGGUGUUUUUUCCCGAGCCUGGUGGCAGAGGAUAAACUGUUGGUACAGGUUCUGCCGCCGGUGGUUGGAGCGGUUUCGAGCGCGGUGUUUGUUAUGUUCCCUAAUACUCGCCAUGGCUUUGGGUACCAUUCAACUGCAACUUCCACUGGAGUUCAAAAAGCUGCAUUAAGCUAAUCAAAACAUUUAAUUCAAUAUCUCCUCUGCUGUCCUUCCGUCGCCUCUGUUCUCUUUGGCCGCCACCUCCUUAUCGUCAGCAUUUAAUAUAUUUGUAUGUGUAUAAUGUAAUUUCAUAAAUUAUUGUUCAAAAUUUGUAUCCGAUUUUUUUUUAUUUUUAUUUUUAAAA